AUGGACCGACACCGUCCCGAAAUAAACCGCUACACCCCUCCCCAUCGUAAAGACCGUCCGAUCCACGCCUGGGAAACCGAACCACAACCGAUUGUGCAUGCCUGGGAAACCGCACCAAAAACAGACCGAAAUACCCGACACAGAAAACCCAAACCCAAUAAAAAACAAUCUGAGCUGCCGUGUCAAGUAUCUGGAUCUCCUGUGUUUAGGCAGAAUAACAAGGAAUCGGAUACGAAUGAGGAGGAAGAGGAAUUGAAUCCGUAUCUUCCUAUUCCGCGUAAACCUCAACGACAGAGUUCGCCUUGUUCGCAAGGGAAACCUCGUAUAGGAAACGAUCACCAAAGAGGUCGAUCAAAAGACGAUAAACAAAGGCGAGAACAGGAUGCGUACGAAGCUUCCGUUCAUAACUUUUUUGACCGCGCGCAGUCAAAACCACAUUCUCAACCACGAGGUACUCAAAACGAGCAACUAAAUCCGUACCUCCCCUCAAAUCCCCACCGACGAACCUCCCCUUCACCACCUAAACCCCAUAAAGGAACCGACUACGCCAGAGGUCGAUCAAAAGACAGUCCCGAGAAACAAAAACAUCAGGACGCAUACAAAGCAUCCGUUCAUACCGUUGUUGACCGCCCAAAAGCACAUAACCAACUAAAUCAUCAAAACGAGGAGUUGAAUCCUUACAUCCCCUCAGGUCCCCAACCAACGGCAUCACGGCCUACAAGGCCGGUAUCUUUAUCACAAAAGUGUCGAGAUCAGGAGGCGUCUAGUCCAGAUAUACCAACCCAUCAAAUCGAACGCCCAUCGAAUAAAGGGAAUGGCAAUGAAUCUGAAGAGGUUGGAGAGAAUGAGCGGAUGGAGAUGAACAAGUCUUGUUCACCACGGAAACUUUGUGUGGAUCAAGAGUCAAUCGGCCGAGCGAAUCAUAUCGAACGUCCGUCGAAUGAAGGGAACGGAAAUGAGUCUGGAGAAGUACUGAAUGACAGUAUGGAACCAAAACAAACAUCACGAAACCACUCCAAAGUAACGAAUUGGGCUGAUUUGGAUACAGAUUUUGAUUAUAAUGAUGUACCCAUUUGGGAAUAG